CAUGAAACCCUAAUCCUCCGCAUCCUCCUUUGGAGUUACCAUUUGAAAGACGAGCAAUGGAUCUCUCGACGGUGACGUGGGGGUGGUGGGCGGAGAGUGACCCUAGCGGUCGAUCCCUCUAAAGAGGAGGAGGGGGCCGUCGUGGAGAAGGUGCUUCCCAACGGGGACUUGUAUACCGGUGGGUUCGCCUGCAGCGUGCCUCACGGGCGUGGGAAGUACCUAUGGGCAGACGGAUGUAUGUACGAGGGGGACUGGUUGAGGGGGAAGCCCUCCGGGAAGGGGAAGUUCUCCUGGCCGUCGGGUGCCACCUACGAGGGCGAGUUCCGAUCGGGCCGGAUGGAUGGCGUUGGUACCUUCACCGGCGCCGAUGGCGACACCUACCACAGCCAGUGGGCGACCGACCGCAAGCAGGGUUUCAGCAGUAAGUCCUAUGCCAACGGCGACUACUACGAGGGUACGUGGCGCUGCAACCUCCAAGGGGCCAUGGGCGUUGCCUGUGGCGAAACGGCAACCAGUACGUGGGCGAGUGGCGCGUCGACGUCAUCCAUGGCCAUGGCACCCUCAUCUGGCCCAAUGGCAACAGCUGCGUCGAUCAGUGGAAGAAUGGCGCCGCCCUAAAGGGCAACGGUGCUUUUACCUGUCCCGACGGUAGUUGUUACAUCGACAGCUGGAGUGGCGGCGACCCCAAUGCCCUAGAAGGAGGCUAUUACCGUACCGGAGUGGCAUCGCGGAAAGAGACCCUUGCUGGGAGGAGAAGUUUCUCUCCCUUCUUUCAUCUGGAUAAUAGAUCGGCUCCGACAACACCGAUGUCCCAUUUGUCCACCAAUGGGUGGUCGAUCGAUGGAUCCUAGCGAUCACCACAACAGCUCGGCUUGGCAACGGAAAAGAACUACCCCAGAAUCUACAUCUGGGAUUCUAAUUCCGAGGCCGGGGAUGCCACUUGCGAUGUCGUCGACAGCCUCGAGUCGUCUUUGUUAUGCAGGGAUGAAUCAUCUAAUGCUAGCGGAAGUCUCAUUGGAACCGUGAAACGGCUACAGAGUUCCAGCGCGUGGUCAACGACGGAGGCAAAAAAGCCAGGGCAGACGAUAUUGAAAGGGCACAAGAACUACGACCUGAUGUUGAACCUCCAAUUAGGCAUUAGCUACACAAUCAGGAAGCCUAGUUCGGCACAGUUGAGGGAGCUGAAGCAGACAUAUUUUGAUCCAAGGAAGAAGUCCUGGACGAGGUUUCCUCCUGAAGGAACGAAGAUAACUCCUCCUCACCAGUCACCGGAGUUCCAUUGGAAUGACUAUUGCUCUGUAAACAUAUCCUUUUUAUUGUCUCUAGCUAGUUCACAUUUGUUUUUUCCAAGAGCCAAGGGAAGGAGCAGGAGAAGCAAGUGUUUUGGGCCCUGGCGCCUUUGACGUCCAUGUCCUGGGCUAAUGUUGGAGACGACGACGAUGACGAUUACUAUGCUACCACGGCGCCGCCCCAGGCUGUUUGGGGAGUAUCGGAGUAGCACCACAAUAAGAAGGUUGAGGAGACCAUAGAGGAGGUGCAACAAUGAUUUCUGCAUUUCAACAAUUCAGAAUCAAUUCAGCAAGGAUUCCAUGGAUUGCAGUUGCCAAAAGUUUCAUAGUUUCAGACUUCAGAUUCAUUUCAGAGAAUUCCUGUACUUCAGAUUUCAGGAAAUCAGAUUCUGCUUCACUGGUUUCUUUUACUAAUGACCACAAAAUCCAGUAAUCUAGCAGCUUAUUCUAAUUCAGCAAUUCCACCAAUAGCAGCUGCGAAGAUUCCAAGAUGACAUCAAGCCCUGCACUUUGUAAAUUCAAAAUCAGCUUAAAAAAUUCUAGAGUUCAGUUUCAAACUCCAUUUGCUUAUCUACUAUUUGCUUUACUCUCACAUGAAAGUGAAAGUGAGGAUGAUGGUCUUGACAUGGGUGAUGAUGAUGAUGUUGAGGAACCUGAAAAUGAACCAAAGGCUAUUAGGAAAGAACCAACCAUUGAGAAACCUGCUCCUAUUUCAGCACCACCCAAAGAUGCUGAAAGGCAACUGUCAAAGAAGUAGCUUAAGAAAAAGGAAAUGGCAGAGCUGGAUGCACUUCUACAUGAAAUGGGCAUUGCAAAUAAAGAUAGUAAUACUGCUUAAAAUGAGACAGCUGCAACUGGAGCAAAGUAGUGAAGGGGAGAAGAAAGAAAGUGUUGGUGCUCCUUCAGGGAACAGAAUCUUAAAGAAGAAGAAAUCCAAGAAAGAAAAAUCAUCAAAGGAACAGGAGGAGCAUGAUCAAAAUCAGGAGAAAGGAGACAUUGAAGCUGAAGUGGCAGAUGCAACUGCAGUUGACGUAAAGGAAAGGAUAAAGAAGGUGGCCUCCAUGAGGAAGAAGAAAUCAAGCAAAGAGAUGGAUGUCGAACAAUUGAAUAAAAGAGCUUCUUACUUGAUGUAAGAAGAAUAUUUGUGUAAUUUAUGGAUACGGACUUGAUGUGUACAAUAUCUAUUAUCUUUUUAUGUUGUAAAAAUAAUAUUUAUGUGUUGGUUACAUGGAUAUUGAUUUGUUUG